AUGGCCGAGCAUCAGGAAGACGUUGCCGAUAAAACCACCACUACUGUGAUUGACAACAAAGACGAAGAGAAAUAUGCUUCUGCCGUCGACACCUUGAAGGGAGCUCAGAGAGCGACCGAUGAUGAACAUGAAAUGACUCUUCGUGAGGGUAUUCGCAAGUACCCCAAAGCGGUGUUUUGGUCAGUUUUGUUCUCGAUGGCUUUGAUCAUGGAAGGAUUCGAUCAUGCAUUCGUCAGCGGUUUCUUUGCGUUCCCUGCCUUUCAAAAACGAUAUGGCGAGCUGCAGAGCGACGGCUCUUACCAGAUUCCUGCCGAUAUACAGUCUGGUAUUAGCAACGGUGUCAAUGCAGGUGAAAUCAUUGGUCUAUUGAUUAAUGGUCUUGUCGCUGACUGGAUUGGCUAUCGUUGGGUCAUGAUGGUCUGUCUUACUCUCAUGAUGGCCUUUAUCUUUCUUCAAUUCUUCGCUACUAGUAUCUAUAUGUACAUGGGAGCUGAAAUCCUACUGGGAGUACCAUGGGGUGUUUUCCAAACUUUGUCAACCACAUAUGCGGCCGAGGUAUGCCCCAAUGUACUUCGACCGUAUCUCACAAUGUUGGUGUCGCUUUGCUGGAGUAUUGGCUAUCUUCUUGGCACUGGCGUGCUGCGUGCGUUUCUGUCAUCAACUGGACAGUGGGCCUACCGCAUCCCGUUUGCUCUUCAAUGGGUUCUACCUAUUCCUCUCGCCGUUGGUAUCUUCUUCGCACCCGAGUCACCAUGGUGGCUUACUCGCAAAGGUCGCACCGAAGAUGUACGCAAGGCACUACAUCGUCUACGCUCGAAAGACAGCUCGGAAGCCGAAAUUGAGGACACGAUCGCUAUGAUGGAGCAUACAGUCAAAAUGGAAAAUGAGAUGAAGGCAUCUAGUUCAUACUGGGAUCUAUUCAAGGGUGAUAAUCUGCGUCGCACGGAGAUCACGGUGUUCACUUAUCUCAUCCAAGAGCUCUGCGCCCCACUAGUCUCCUACAUUGUGUACUUUCUGGAACAAGCUGGGCUCACCUCAGCAGCCUCCUUUGACUUCGGCAUGGGAGAAUACGCACUAGCCAUUAUUGGUGUGUUUAUUGCAUGGUAUUUGGUUCCGAAGACUGGCCGUCGAACACUGCUACUCACCGGUACGGCAUUCAUAACAUUGACAACUUUCCUUGUUGGCUUCCUAGGAAUUCCAAGCAUCAGUACCCAUCCAAACAUUGGCUACGGAAUUGGCAGCAUUCUUCUGAUUCAAUAUUUUGUUCUUUUCAUCACAAUCGGUCCGAUCAUCUACACCAUCGUCACGGAGAUCCCAUCCGGCUUCGUUCGCACCAAAAGUGUCGCUCUCGCCCGUGCAGUCUAUAAUGUUGGUGUUCUUGUUUAUGGCCAGCUCAUUCCGCACAUGGUUCAAAACGCCGCUUGGGAUUGGGGAGCAAAGAGUGGAUUCUUCUGUGGAGGUAUCAUGGGUAUUGGUUUUAUCUGGGCUUAUUUCCGCCUUCCGGAGACCAAGAACCGAACAUUCGCUGAAAUGGAUAUUCUUUUCAAGAACAAGGUUCCGGCGAGAGACUUCAAAAAGAAGAAGGUCGAUAUUAUCUCCGAAACUGUAUCAGACGAAUAA